AUUUGCCUUGUCAUAUUAUCACAUCACGACCAUUCUCAUCUCCGAUUCAUCAUCGCAUAACAUCGUAUAUGAAAAUAGCCAUUUCAAGGGCUGCUCCCAUAUCAGAAUAACGCACAAUGUCUGAACGAAAAGUCCUUACCAAGUACUAUCCUCCGGACUUUGAUCCGAGCCAAAUCAAGAGAGUCAAGGGGCCCAAGACUGCUGGUCCAAAAGUUCAGACUGUCCGUCUAGCAGCUCCAUUCUCGAUGAAAUGCACGACAUGUGGAGAGUACAUCUACAAAGGCAGAAAGUUCAAUGCGCGAAAGGAGACUCCGUUAGAUGAGAAGUAUCUCGGUAUCCAGAUCUUCAGAUUCUACAUCCGCUGUACAAGAUGUAGCGGACAGAUCACGUUCAAGACCGACCCUAAGAAUCAAGACUACGCCUGCGAGAGCGGCGCAAAGCGUAGUACGGAACCGUGGCGUGUUGGCCGCGACGAGACAGACGAAGAGCGUCUUGACCGUCUGGAGAAGGAAGAGGAAGAACGCAACGCCAUGGUCGAACUCGAGGCCAAAACCGUGGAUGCCAAGCGCGAGAUGGCCGUCGCGGAUGCUCUUGAUGAGAUACGCACCCGAAACGCGAGACUGGAGCGCGCCAACCAGGAUGGGGUGGAAGUAAGCGUUGCGAUGCCGGCUGAUACCGAGGCAGAGCGCCAGGAGAGGGAGGAUGCGGAAGCCGCGAGAAGGGCUUUCGAGUUCGCGAGGCAGGUGGAGAGUAUCACGGAGGACGUAAUUGACGAAGAGAUGGAGGAUGCGGCUGCAGGUUCGGCUUCGAGCUCGGCGGGUACGCCUGCGUCGAGCAGCAACGGCACGCCUAAGCCAGAACUGGCAAAACCUGCAGCCUCGGCAGCGGGUGCGACGUCCACAGACAUGCCGCCCCCGUCUUUCAAGCGUGUUGUCAAGAAGAAGAAGGAUCACGCGGCUCUCCUCGGUAUCAAGAAGAAGCCGUCUCUUGUAUAACCCGAUCGAGCUUUCGAUCGGUUACAACUACGAUUGCCAAGAUUCACAGCAUAGCAGGCGGUAUUGGGACGGCGUUCAACCAUGGCAUAUAGUUUGUGCUUACAGGUACCAAUGAAUUGAGAUACGUACCUUCAGUCAACCCCUUCUGAAACCCCUUAAAUUUGAUUGGUUAUGCUUGCGGCAGAACUUUUAGAGUGGCUAUGUACUACGUAGGCCCUGAACAAA